AUUUGGGAUAAAUUCCAUCGAAUUAAUCAAUGGAAAAAUUGAUUAAUUUUUCCAUUGGAAGCAAUUUACUAGUUUUUGCGAUGAACGAGAAUACGUAUUAGAAGAAGCAACGCCUGUUGAGAGACUAGCUCUUAUAUUAAAGGACUGGGGCUUCAACAUGAGAAAAAUUGAUGGUUCUGAUUACAAGGAAUGUGUCGUAAAGACGAUCUGGAAUACGAGUGCUAAAUUAUUGCAAGAAAAAUAUUAUAAUAAAUAUUCACGGAGUUUCGACCCACUCAAAGAUAUAAUUUUUCAAUCGGCAAGAAAUGCACGAGAUACAAAACGUAAGUUGCUUCAAGGUAACGCACAUAAACGAAAAAUCAGUUCGGUACCGUUGACCUAUGAACAUCAAGCGAUAUGUACACAAUGGGAUGAAGAUACACCCACAGGACUCCAAAAGAAAUUUUUCCAAAUCGCAGCGGUAGAGCUUUCUUGGAGAGGAAGUGAAGCUGCAAAUUGUUUGUUAGAAUCGAAUAUAAUACAGUUUUUUUAAAAACUUGCCAAGGAGGUGGUCAGCGAUGUGCGAACAGCAAAU